ACUAGGUUUUCCGUUUCUUUGUUUGGCGCGUCUCUUGGCCACGCCUUCCUCCACCAGAUCCACAAUAAAAGAGCCAGGAUGUGUGCGUGUGUGUGUUUGCGUGUGUGUGUGUUACUCCAUCCUGUGUGGACAACAGGUGCACCACCGCUCCGGUGAUAAUGCCUACAGAGCGCCUGUAUUCGCUCUGCGCAGGGCUUUUCAGGUUACACUCGCUGCUUUUUAUGUCUUGAUUUUCUUCAUUAUUUCUGACCGUAAAGAUGCCUUUUCCGCCGAUCAGCCUCCAACAGCGGAUCUCCUCUCCUGGCAGGGAACUAUUUGGGAAAAAGAAGGCCAACGCAGGCCACUCUCAGGCUGAACAAACCGGCAAAUCUGGAUCCGAGAAGGGAAAGCAGCCCAGUUCCUGGGCAUCAGCAAACCUGCGGAAUCUGGGGCGAAGAUCGCAACCGGAGAAGAAUAAAAGCCAAGCUCAGAAGACGAGUUCGGGUCAAGAGACUCAGGGAAAGUGCUCCUGGCUGUCGGUGCCCAAACCGCAGGAUCCAUCCUUGGGAAUAAGGCGCUCUAGCUCAAUGGACUCCGCCAGACAUCUCAGUGGGAAAGAGGAAACAAAGAAGGAGAUCCAGUUCUCGCUCAGCCUCACUCCUGAAGCCAUUCUAGUUAUUAAAAAGCGGAACCUGGAGAAGCAGAUGAUGGCCAAGCAGCAGAAGUGCUGCGCCUCCGCGGACUUUCGGCACCGGCGAGUUUUUCCGUGCAAAAAGGCGCACGGAGCGUCCAAGUGCUGCGCUCCGGGCGGCAAGACGGACAGCGCGGAACAGCAGGACAUCACCGCCAUUGUUAAAAUAUCUCUGCUGAACGAUCAAUACAAGUACGAUGAUGUGGAGUACGAGGACGAGGACGGGGAUGUGGAUGAGACCGUUGUGAGGAAAUGCAAAGAGUGGCUGAAAGGAGUGGAAAACGCAGCUGCUUUGGUGAAAGCAGACAAACUUUCAGCACUUCCGCACCUCAAAGGCUGCUGACACCUGACUUCAAAUCUUUAUUAUUAUUAUUAUUAUUAUUAUUAUUAAGUUGGAAGAAAGAGACAUGACGGACAAAUUCGUUUCAUUUACAUCACUUCAAACAAGUGAAGGAGGUCUACUCUAAGAGAAUGUCAGGAUUUAAAAAGAUGUCAAUAAGUUUAAAAUGCCAAAAGGGGAAGACUACUUUUAGAUAAGAAACAUUCAAUAAUACAGGUCAGGUUUAUCAGAGUGUUUUUUUUUAUUGUUUUUUUUUUUAUCAUCUUUGUUCAAGUUCAGAUGCCAUUUUGCUCUCACUUUCUUCUCAGUUUCUCUUUGCACACGGAUUUAUUUCCAGUGGGCGUCCGUGGAUUGGCUGAGGUCAGUGGAGGCAGCCAAAGCGCUCCUCUCCUUUUGUUAGAGAACAAUAAACUGCUGGAGAACAUCAGCGACUCCUGCACAGACUGACUGAAACCCAGCGCGGAAGCUUUGGGGGAUUUUUUUUUUUUUUAUCUUCUGCUAAUUGGGUUCAAUUGAUCAAUCAGUGAUGUGGUGAAUUCGGGUAAAAUGGGACAAGACAAGUUAGGAGGGGAAAACUAAACAAAACCUUAAGUUAACAACGAUAUGGCAUAGAUAAAGUUAUUUUGGAAGUGUGUAACCCAAAUCACACGAAAAACCAGUAUAGUACAUAUUAAAAAUGUUAAAUCUGAGCAUCAAAACAAAUUAUAUUUUCUAAAUUAGUACCUUUUUUUGUCCCAAUUUACCAAAUGAUAUCGUAAAUUGAGACAUCCAAAACGAAAUGUGUCACUGUUGUCGGCACAUAAGAUCUGGUAUAAAGAUUUAGAUUAACACGUUUUUGAAGGUAGUAGAAGUUUAUUAUGUGGGUUGUUGUGGUAGGUGGAGAAAAUAAAAUGCAAGGAGAGUAACAAUAACUAGAAAAUUAGUUGGGAAGAAGAACUAGUUUCUUCCUCACUAGAAUGGAUCAUAUUUUCAGAUGAAUUUAUUUAUUUUAACUAAAUUUUCUAAAGUUAAGAAUAAAAAGAAUCACGCCGUUGUGUCAGCUUUUUACAGAGCUUGUAAAACUGACUUUUUUAGUGACAGACCAUUUAACAAACUGAUGAGCUUCCAUAAUAAGUAUCAUAGUUACAGCUAAAUUGUGCCAAUUUGCUAAAUGUGUCAAAUAUAGUUUUGUCUUAAUUAUGAUAAAGCAGAGAGCCAUGCUUUCAUAAAAUAACAAACUUUACUUUUCUCACACAAACUGAAGAACUCAAACCUAUAUAACACAUUAGGUGUAUUGUUAAAUUUGUUUAAAGUAAUUCCUUGAUUUACCUGAAUUCACCUUUAUCACAAAAUGUUUAUACGGUCAAAUAUUUUAUCAGCUGAAAUUUAUUAUCUAUUUUGAAGUAAAAAAAAAAAAAGUUCUUAUGAACUGGCCAUAUUAAAUUGCUUAGAUUUAUUAGUUUCUUCUUGUGUAUUGUUCUCUUGCUGAUUUGUGGUCUCUUCUUGUUUCUGAUUCCCAGACAGCAUUUUCAUAAAGGCUCUUUGUUUCUGCUGUGCAGCUACCUGGGGCCAUUUGGGCAUUAGCCUUUUAAGCUUCUUAGAUUUCCUGUUAAGCAGGGUUGGCCAAUGAGUGCUGCAUGCGUGCCAAGGUGCAUCAUUCCUGCAGGAAAUUACCUCCAAAAUAUGUCCAUACGUCAAACUAAAUAUGCCACUAAUGUUUGUACAAGAAUGACACUUUAUUAUUUCCUGUAUGUCUUUUUUUUUUUUUUUUUUUUUUAGAGUUAGGUAUUUUGAAGUCUGGAUGUUCUCUAUUGUUUUCUGCAAUAACUUUGUUUUUACCCUGGAAAUGUGAUGCUCAGGGAGAAAACAGCUGAUCAGGAAACAAUAUACAGUCAAUAUCACAGUGGAAGAGAAAUAAAGUUAUAGAAGGAC